AACAGCGGCUCAAAUUUUAAAGGAUAUCGAUUUGACUGUUGAUCCUUGUGAAGAUUUUUACCAAUUUACUUGUAAGCUAAUAACCAUUGUGUAUAUGUCUAAAAAAAAUACUAAAUAAAGGAACGAUAAUAGGUAAUAACUGGGAAAAGAGCCAUGAAAUCCCAGAAGGCAAAUCAUCUAUCAAUUCAUUUGUAACACUCGUAAAUCAAAACAAGGAAGCACUUCGCAACAUUUUAUCUGGCUCCUUUGACGACUUUUAUAAUCGUACCUCAGGCAGCAACCAAUCAUUACCUGAUCCAGAUAAACUGAUUGACAAACAAAAUUUUGAAAAAGUAAAAGCUCUUUAUAAUUCAUGUAUGAAUGAGGCCUUAAUUGAUGCUCGUGGCUCAAAGCCUAUUUAUCCUAUCUUGAAAGAAAUUCGUGAUAUGUUUCUCACUAAAGGGACCUUUGAUACUCGUCAUUUGACACAAACUCUAUCAUUCUUAGCAAAGAGAAACAUUGGGGCCCUGUUCGAGAUUAGUGUAGACGCUGAUCCUAAAGACCCCACUAUUAAUUCUUUACAACUCUAUCAAUCUGGGUUAACUUUACCUAAUAAAGUCUAUUAUACUCAAGAAGAAACGGUUCAAGCGCUUUAUGAAACAAUUUCAGAUGUUUUGAAUGUUAUCUUUGACGACGAGGAUAGUUUUACAGUUUCAGAAGAAGAAGGAGGACUGCCUUUAUUCGAUGGUAAACCUGAUGCAAAGGCUACAGCUCGUAUGAUUGUUGACUUUGAAAAAAAGUUGGCAGAAAGAAGUCAAUUACCAGAGGAAUUCCAGGAUCCUGAAGCUAUUUAUAAUCCCAUGUCUCUAUCAGAAUUAGCAAAGAUAGCUCCUAAUGUUGAUUGGGGACUUUAUGUCAAUCAUUUAUUACCUGUCAAUGCUCCUUAUCCUGGUAAUAACUUGAUCGUCACUUCUCCUGAUUAUAUUAGUAAUGUCUCUACUGUCUUGCUUAAUAAGGAAAACUCACGUCCAUUGCUUGCUUAUUUUACCUGGAAGGUGAUCUUUGCCUAUUCUGAUUCCUUAGGUGAUGAAAUUCGUGCACCUAUUCGUCGUCUAACGUCAAAACUGAUUGGUACAAAUCCCAAAUCGAUAAAGCCUCGUUGGGAUACCUGUUUAGAUGAGGUGAAUAAUGCAUUAGGAUUCUUGGCUGGUCGAUAUUAUGUGAUUGACAAAUUUGGUGGCAAUGCUAAAGAACGUGCAGAUGAAUUUGUAAACAGUAUCAAGGAAGUAUUCUUAAAACGUUUACCUAGUCUGGAAUGGAUUGAUGAUAAGACACGUGAAAAGGCAAUUGAAAAGGUUGACAAGUUGAUUCGUAAAGUAGGCUAUCCUGAUUCUUCACCUGAUAUUAUGUCCCCUGUUUCAUUAUCUGAUUAUUAUGCUGAAUUAAGCUUGAAAGAAGAUGAUUAUUUCGAGAAUUAUGUAAAUGCUCGUAAAUUUAGUGUUCUUGAAGGAUGGCGUCAAGUGGGUAAAACACCUGAUCGAUCUAAAUGGUUAAUGAAUCCUCAAGAAGUAAAUGCUUAUUAUAAUCCUUCCUUUAAUGAGAUUGUUUUCCCUGCAGGUAUUUUACAAAAUCCUUUUUUUGGUAGCAACUAUCCUGAUUAUUUGAAUUAUGGCGGUAUUGGUGUUGUUGUGGGUCAUGAAUUAACUCAUGGAUUUGAUAAUAUGGGAAGACAUUUUGAUGCUGAGGGACGACUUGUUCAAUGGUGGACUAAUGAAACCUCUGUACAAUUUGAUGAAAAAGCAAAUUGUUUUGUAAAGCAAUAUAGCAACUUUACUAUGAUUGAUGAAAAUGGAAAGGCCAUUCACGUCAAUGGCAAAUUUACGUUGGGUGAAAACUUGGCAGACAAUGGAGGUUUAGGAGAAGCGUAUGUAGCAUGGAAAGAACGCUAUGAUAGUGAUAAGGGAAACAAGCGUUACAAUAAUGUACGUUUGCCUGGUCUAGAUGACUUAACACCUGAGCAUUUAUUCUUUGUUAACUUUGGACGUAUUUGGUGUAACAAGGUGACACCUGCUCAAGCCAAGAAAGGAGUUCUUACUGAUGAGCAUUCACCAGCCAAGUGGCGCGUUAAUGGGGCAGUUCAAAAUUCCAAGUAUUUUGCUGAAGUAUUUAAAUGUCCUGCUGGCAGUCCUAUGAAUCCUGUUCAUAAAUGUGAACUUUGGUGAAAAGAAAGAAUAUGUAUCAGAAUAAAUAAAACAACAGAGUUUAAACCAAAGAAAAAAAAAAGACACCUCUUCCCCCUCCCGCAGACAAAUAGUGAUAUAAAUACAUAUAAAAAUGUAUAUAUUAUGUCUAAAGAUAAUAUAUUGUACUUUGAAACAUAAAAAAAAAAUAAUUACUUUUAUAUUUCAAUUAUGCUUUUCAUAUCUGAGAUUACACGAACGAUAUAAUAGAAAACUCUAUCUAUGAAUUCAUCCUUAUUAGGUUGUAUUAUUUCAUACAUUUUC